GUUCCUUUGAGUCUUUUUCUUUGUCUUUUCUUUUGAGUUUUCUUUAUGAUUUAAACUUCGAGUUGCUUUGAGUAUUUUCUUUUUUCUUUCCUUUUGAGUUUUCUUUAAUACUUAACCAUUGAGUUCCAUUGAGUCUUCUUCUUUUUCUUUCCUUCGGGUUUGUUUAUAUUCUUAAAAGACAUUUUAGAGCUUAGCUUUUAGACCUUUGCCUUCUUCAUUUUCCAAUUGCAGAACAGGCUCAGCUUCGACCGUCGCUCCUUGGCCCCUUGGCUCCAGUGAUCAGAUGUGCCGAUGGCAUGUCGAGGAGGCUUCACUCUUUGGAUUGGCCUUUGAGCCAAGAGGAGAAGCGAGGUCGGCUGCUGCAGCUCUACGACAAGGACGUGCAAGCGGCAGAGCAGCUCCUGAGGUCAAACGAUGCGAAUUGGCAUCACCAGGAGUUGGCCAACUGUAGGCCGAUUGGAGGUGCGCCAGGUAGCUUUCCAGCUUCAAGCCCCAUAGCUGGCCAGGACAGCUUUCCAGCCCUUCCCUGGCAAUUCUGGUCCAAGGCCACUGAGACCGCCAUCUCUUUGGGGCUCUUUUUCUCUCGCCUCACUGACGAACUCCGCGACGACGCACCGCUGUCGCUGCGCCGACUCCGCGCGCGCUCCGAGAAGCCACGCCGCGUGUCCUUCGCGGAGUCGGACGAGCGGACGAAGAGCGGCGCGGCCGAUGGACACGGACUGCACAGCUGCAGUGACCGGCGCAGCCGGAGGUCAAUGCUGCGAGGCCGAUUGCAUGGUUUCAGCCACUCUGAGUCGGGGCCAGGGGAUCGAUGAUCCCGUGGUCGCCUCUUUAUGUAGAGCUUUACGGAAGCAGAUGCGCUUUCCGUUUCCUGCCAAUGAUACAGAUCCCAGCCAAAG